AUGUCUGAAGCUUCCCGAUACGAGCCUCUUUGCAGGGCCGAGCUGAGGCUGGAAUAUCUGCAUGCAAACUCAACUACACAUGAUUUUCUCUUUGGAGCAGUUGCUGAACUAAUUGACAACUCUCGAGAUGCUGGUGCUACCAGGCUUGACAUCUUUACUGUGAAUGACGAGAAACUGCAAGGUGGAUUUAUGUUAUGCUUUUUGGAUGAUGGAUGUGGCAUGAUGCCUCGAGAGGUUAUGGAUAUUGUGUAUUUUGGAAGAUCUUCUAAGCGGACCACGUCUAAGAUGAUUGGACACUAUGGCAAUGGACUUAAAUCGGGAUCCAUGCGUAUAGGAAAAGACUUCAUAUUAUUCACCAAGAAAGAGAAUACCAUAACAUGCCUUCUUUUCUCUCGGACAUUUUGUGAGACAGAAGGUCUCACUGAGGUCAUCGUUCCAAUACUUUCAUGGUCAAGUAGUACAAGAAAGCCUGUAAUGGAUGAUCCUGAGAAAUUUGCCACCCAGUUGUCUAUCAUUUCUAAAUAUUCUCCUUUUAAGAGUGAAGCUGAACUCAUAAAACAGUUUGAUGUUAUCUAUGGGGGAAAGGGAACUCUGAUGAUGAUAUACAAUUUGAAACUCAUGCUCAAUGGCGAACCAGAACUUGAUAUUCAGACAGAUGAAGUAGAUAUAUUGAUUGCUGGAGCGCAUGAAAACCUUCCAGAGCAACGAUCACUGAGGGCUUAUACAGCUCUAUUAUAUUUUGACCCACAAAUGAGGAUAUUCAUUCAAGCCCAGAAAGUAGAAACCAAACGCUUACCAUACUGCUUUUAUAGGCCCAGGAAAUAUCCAUAUACCUCACCAUUUAAAGAAAUUGCUACUGAUAAACCAAAAACAGCAGAAAUGAAAGUGAAUUGUGCUGAACAUGCUGGAAAGGGAGCAGAGGGCAGACAGAAACAUUUGCAAGGCUCUCUUUUGCAUGAACACAAUGAGGUUGCAGUAUGGGAUGCUGUGGAGAAUGAAAAGAGAAUGAGGGGGAAACUCAAAGACACGCAAAGAAACGUUAGAAAAUCAAAAACACUCUACUUAAUAUUUGGGAUUAACAUUCAAGAUAGAAGUCGAGAUGGAAUGCUUAUCUACAGCAAUAGUCGAUUGAUUCGGAUGUUUGAGAAAGUGGGACCACAGAAGAAACCAGGAUCUUAUUUGGGUGCUGGAGCUGUAGGGAUGGUUGACGUACCCUUAGAAAUCAUGGAGCCAACUCAUAACAAACAGUCCUUUGCCAAUGUUAAGCAAUAUAACCACUUGUUGAAAUCAAUGGGACGCUAUCUUGUCCAGUACUGGAAAGACAUAGGAAUCAGUCAAAAAGGAGAAAUGUUUUUCUGGAGCGACUUUGGCUACUUGGGUGCCAAGUGGAAUGAGAAACCUUCAGAUACAAUUCAGUACAAAAGAAGAAGGGCAGUAGAGAUUCCAGAUAUUGUUCAGUGUGAUAUUUGCCUCAAGUGGAGGCUCCUGUCACUUGACACCAAUAUAAAUAAUGAACGAUAUCGUGACAUCUGGAUUUGUGAAGAAAAUAAGCAGCCCCUUGAGAAGAUAUGUUAUGUUCCAGAACAUUUACCCUCUAUUCCUUUGGGUACUUUUCACUCGCCAUCCUGGUCCCUGAAUGACAAAGGAAAACUACUUAUAGAUUCCAUCCAGCAACCUCAAAGGAAGCUGAAAAACCAGAAAUUUAACUUGGUACAACCACACACUGUGGUCCAGCAUACAGAAGAUAGAAGAAUUGCUAAGAAUAAGACAGUGUGCCAGAAGGAAGCUUUUCACAAAGAUCCAUCUCCAGCCUGCAGUUGUUUGAUUAAGAACAGUGCAAAUAAAAGACGAGUACGAAACUUGAGCUUUCAGAAGCAGCCUCCUGCAAAGCAAAAGAUUCACUCUCAGAGGAAAUGGCACCCUCAUCAGGAAGAAAAAUAUCGCCUUUCAGAACCGAAUGACAGGAUGAUUCACAAUAUGCCAAUGCUGCUGCCUCUUGAAAUACAAGAUGAACAACCAUUGAAUGAAAAGCCUGAGGUCAUCAAAAUUGAAACAGACAGUGAGUCAGAAGUAAUUUGUAUUAUAAUAUCUGACAGCGAGAAUGAAGAUUUGCCAAUGCAUGAAGAAUGUAAAGACUUUGCUUUCAUACACAAAGAUGAAGAAAAACAGGUGCAGCGUGGUGAAAAGGAAGACAUUCAGCUGAACUUGAAGGCUUGCAUAAUUCCUGAGAAAAAGGAUCUGUGUCAAACAGAUUCAGAAAGUAGUUCAACAGAACAUAAAGCGAGCAAUUCAGAACAAGCACAUGUUAGUGUGCAGGACUCUGGUGUUGCAGUGGCCCACUGCAAAACUAUUGAGACAUUAACAGACCAUAUAAAAGAAGUCCUGAUGUAUUUUUUACCUAAAUGUUCUCUUUCAAGAGAACAUCUUACAUGUAUGUCCACUGAAGAUAUUUUGUCUAUUUUCAAAUAUUAUUCACAAUGUGAAAGACAUACCUCAGAAAAAAUCCAGUCUAUAGGCCUUGAAGCUAAACAUGCUGAAGCUGAAGCUGAAACUAAGAUUGGUCUGUGUGAGGUACAAGUAAAGACUGCACAAGAAAGACUUAAUCAUCUUCGGGAAAAGAUGGCACAACUUCUGUUGAAAAUUCAUCCACAUCUUCUUAUAAAUAACCUGGAAGACAUUGAUGGCUACCUAGAAGAAAUUCAGAAGGAAGAGCACCUAAGUACAUUAUUUUGUGUGAAUACCAGCAGUGCCAGUGAAUGA